AGGUAUUCAGUACUACACCAUGACCUGGAUUAACACUUUCGGUAAAGUUUUCCCACUUUAAAUUGUUAGGCUUUCAAAAAAUUGAGUUCAAGUUGAAAUAAAUCGAAGAAAAUUGAAUCCCGCCAAUCCACUGUUUAAGUAAUAAUCAGUAACUACAAAUCGACAAAAAUGGCACAUCGUUAAAAUGUUGUUGAAGAUGUAAUAGCCUCGUGUUGGAGGAUCUUAAAGAAAACUAAAGGAAGUGUAAUGCACAUCAUCACCUCAGAUUCAGUUAGCUAGCUGCAAAAUAUCUGCUGUAACCUGUGAGCAGUAUAGAAGUUGGCGGUGUUGAUACAGUUAACUAAACAGUGCAGACCCGCCAUCUGGGCGAGCUAUUAUAUCAGCCCAACAUUGAGUGAACGCCACAUGUGUGUCUGUUGAAGUACAAUCAACAAUAGCAGGUGUUCACAUUGAAUUGAAUGUCAACACAAAAACCCCACGAUGCUAAUACGUUUCAUGUUAAUGAAGACAAAAGUGACCAAACGAGACGAGUUCGUCGUGACGACAAGUUUCCCGCCUGUGGAGGUCAUUACGGCAUUGACCUGCUGGGUUGGACCGAUUCAAACUUUCGCUUAUUCAAAACCAAAGAAUCAAUGGGGAAUCCCCUUUGGUGUUGACGCUGACGUUUAUUACGGCCGUCGCUUAAUUAUAUCACUUACCCUUUAUUUAAAACAAAAUAUUUUGCCGAUUAUUAUUUGCUGUUUGAAUUUGAAUAAAAGCCAAAGUGCUAUUCAAGGACAGCAGUGCUAAGUGUUUCUAAAAAUCGACAACCAAAUGUAAAUUUCAAUGUUUCACGAUUUCAAAUUCGCAAGUACUUGACGACAAUGGCACCCAUUUACAUACAAUUUUAGAAAUUUGCUCUAAAAUUUGCAAUUGAAACUGGUUCGUAUUCGCAACGAGCGGGCCCAGCCUUGUUGUUGUUGUGUGACAGUCAACACCCAAAACGAAAAAUUGGGUCAAACCAAAGUGACGGCCUUUCACUGAGCGAUUAGAUAGUUAUACAUCGGAGUACUGGCGAGUAUAAAAAGCUCAGUGAUUGUCCAUUCAAAGUAUCAUUCGUAGAACCAAUCAAUCGAAUCAACAUGAAGCUGUUUAUCGUUGCUGCUCUCCUGGCCGUUGCUGUCGCCGCUCCUUCCGGCUACCCAUCCAACUACAAAGAUUCCAGUUACAUGACGUCUCCCAGCUACGGUUCUUCCGGCUACAACAAGGACAGCAGAUAUGGCGGAAUUACCAUCACCAGCCAACACGACGUCCGCAAUCUCGACGGAAGCAGCAAAUGGGGCUACUCUGGAUCGGACUACACGACCCGUGAGGAAUCGCAGGUGCAGAAGAAGAUGCAAGGCGUCGCCUACGAUUCUUAUGGCAAAAUCACUUACGACGACGUUUAUGGCAACACCAACGCUGGAUCCUCUUACUGGGUCUCACCCGAAGGCGAGAAAUUCACUCUGACCUGGACCGCCGAUGAAAACGGAUUCCGGCCAAAGGGCGACCACUUGCCCGUCGCUCCCGUCCACGUCUACGAGCUCCCGGUUGCUCCCGUUCACGAAUACGAACUCCCAGUUGCCCCUGCCCUCCCUUACCACCGCACCGGUGCAGGCAGCUACAACACCUACAAUAUUUAAAUUAUAAAUGACGUCGCGUGUGUUAUCUUGAGCUGUACCAUCUGACUGUACCAUGACGAAGUUUGAUUAAAUUAAUAAAGUACAUUC